AUGGAAUUGGAAGUAGGUAAAGGCCAAAACGAAUCUGCUAAUGCUGCUGUAACUCCACUUGUAACUACUUGUGGAUGGAAGAGGUCCAUUGAUGGUCGCUUUAUGACCAAUUUGAAGGAUUUUGUGAGUACCCCAAUGGCUGAUCACAAGGUUUGCUUCAAAAAUACUAUUGACGAGAAGGUUGAAAAUUUUCGAAAGCAAGUUCAUAGGCUUAAAAGGUGGGAAAAGUUCUGCGACCAUCCAAUGGCUGCCCGCAGAGGAGAAUCAUCGGACAUGACACACGCAUAUGCAGCUUUUGAUCAAUUUUAUUAG